AUUCACGAUUGUAUUCCAUGGAAAGAAAUUUUCCAUUACACGGAAUUCCCGCAGAGUAACACACGGGUGUUUCACACCUCCUGCCUAGGUGGCGCUAGCGGGUGGAAUGAGCAUUAUAGCAAUUCACACACUCGUCUUUGUCCGCCUCCGCUCGUCGGUUGUUUUGAAGGCGAGGCUGCUCCAGCGCAGUAGAGUUUGAGAAACUGAACUGAAGUGUACCGCUUUCUUCUGGUGUCCGUGUCACCUGAUGUAUUUUUCCAGCUGACUUUACGGAGAAUUUGAACUUUAAAAGAUCUACUGCAGAAUCAGUGCAGAACUCCUCCAAUCGUCAUCUCGCGAAGCAGCCACCAAUUACGUAGUAGGAAGGGAGGACGCCAGCUGUGAUUGGUUGAGGGAGACGCCUGGGUGCCCGCAGGGGGCGGUCCUUCCUUUGUGGCCUUGUUUUGUCGUGACGUCACGCCGGUAGCGAACACAGCAGCCUUGUUGAUGAGCAGAGGGGAGCUAUGCAGGACGGAGAGAAGAGUAGGGGUGGCCGGGCAUACCGGAGCCUGGUGGAGUUACCAGAGGAGAUCCUGGCUCAGAUCUUCUCCUUCCUGCCGAUGUGCGACAGGUACAGUGUCUCCCAGGUGUGCAGGUCAUGGUCCCAGACGAUGGCCAGCCCCUCCGUCUGGACUUGCACUGAGGUCAGGUUCUGUUGCUACAAGCUGAGUUGCAUGGGACAGUCUGAAGCUCCAGCUCUAACUGGGAGCUGCUCACUGCUGAUGAGGCAAAAAAUGUCAGGCAGCUGUGAGUCUGGAACAGAAGACCCUGGCUUCCAGCAGUUCUGCAAACUGCUCAGGAAGGUUCAGCGCCUGAAAAUUGUGCUCAGUGACCUAAAGGAAAUAAACAACCGGAACACAGCCAUUAAAAUUUUAAAUUACGCCACAGAUCGAGACAACAGACUCCGAACCCUGUGCGUCUCCUGCACCGGUGAAUUCCCCCUGUUCUAUUCUGGCGAGGACAUUUUGAGAAGCAUUGAGAGUGUCUGUCUGAACAAAGCCAGCGGCCUCUCGCUCAGGGAGGUGGACUUCAGGGACAUGCCUUUUACACUCAAGGACUCCCUGAUUAGGAACAUUGCGAGAAGGAGCCCCGACCUGCAAAAGCUGUAUAUCAAUAAUCAGACUCUUGUGUGCAAUGUGACCGCGGAGACAAUUAAAGAGGUGCUGGCACUGUGUCCUAAGCUGCGUGUUCUUGGGGUCUUCUACGCCAGCUUGUCAGAGAAAGUGCUGAGUGCUCUCCUGGAGCCUCAACGACCUCCAUUCUCCUUAUUGGAGUUGUACUGCGAGCGCACAGACAAGUACAUUCCUGCCAUUUCCAAAGAGUUCUGGACUUCUCUGUGUGCCAGACACCCCUUGCUUUCCGUCAACACCAUCUUAAAUCAUACUCUACCUGCCAAGAAGAUUCUAAAGAUUCUGCAACCUGGGGUUCCGAUCAAAAACCUGGAGCUGAUCACAUACACCUAUCUUGUGAGGGAGAUCGGCUUUGUGGCGGAGAGCUACUGCAGCACUUUGGAGAAGCUGGUGCUCCAGACAACCUCCUCCGAAGAGUUGAACUCUGCCCUCAUCAGCCUGGCCCUUUGCUGUGGUGGUCUCAGGGAGAUCCAUUGCUACUGCGUAGUGUCGCAGGACGUGGUCCAGGCCUUCCUCUCCAGCUGUCCCCACCUGUGGAGGUACACGCUGAAGACCGUGAAGGAGCCUCACCCCUGGAGGUGCACCGUGCUCAGGUGAAGAGGAAGAAGUUGUUGCACACCUGAUCUGCUGGGUCCUCCCUUCUGUAUGUGUGUUUUAUGCCAUUGUCUUUCAGUUGACUUGCACAGCACUAUCUCUGUGUAUGCUAGCCUCUAGCAUAGGAGCCAGAGAGAUUAGAGAAACCCACUGACCCCCACAGAUUCAAUAACCUAGCUCAUGGUGAUAUGGUAGAGACAGUCCCUUAAUAAAAAUGGCUUUAAAUUCAGAUGUUUCCAUUUUAUUCAUAGUCAACUACAUGGUCUGGUGCAUCAUGGGGAAUUAGAAAAAAAAGGUGGCUUAUUUUAUAUACGUGGCUGGUAUGGUCAUCCGGUGGUGAGUGCUGCUGUCUUAAUUCUCUUGGGUGCUGGCUAAGAUUCGGAACAAGGGAACCUUCUGUGUGGGCAUUGCAUGUUCUCCCCAAGUCUGCCUAGAUUUCUUGGGGUGCUCUGGUUUCCUGUUUCUCCCAACUCCUGAAGCCAUGGUGGUUGAGGUAAACUGAGUGUCUAAGCGUAGUCCCAGCUUGUACCCUUUGUCAUCUGGGUGAGGCUCUGUCUCAUAGUGACAAUCCUCAGGAGGAGGUGAGAGUGAAUGGAUUACAGAAAUAUAGAUGUAUGAUGUAAUGCUUUUUUAUAUUUUUAUUCUCACGUGUGUGUAAAAGCCUGGUAUUUAACACAAUGUAUACAGUAUAGACAGUUGACAAUGGUUUUAGAGGGUCAAAAGAAAUGACACAAACACAAAUGACAAGCAUUAAGUAUUUUCUAAUCUAUUUUUCUAUUUUUCAAUCAAUAGAUUACUUGGAGUUACUGCUAAAUGUUAGUUUAGUUUUAACCUUCUUUCAGUGCCUUUUCCUAGAUUUAUCAUGAAAUGUAGCUCUUAUAUUUAUGAAACAGAUUUUUGUUUUAUUAGCAAUCCAGUAUUUAUUUUGAAGUGCAGUCGAACUGUUGCUUAAAUUGUUAUGGGAGAGUGUAUUUAUGAAGUCAUUCUCUUAAUUUAAUUAAAUUUCAACAAAACAG